AUGCUACUCGAAUCCGUCUACGAGGCUUUGCAAAGCGCGGGCAUAACCGUGGAAGAGGUUAUAGGCGCCGAGAUAACCGUCUUUGUCGGUGAAUUUCUUAAAGACUACAUGGACAGUCUGAUGCGUGAUCCUGACACGUUCCCGCCCUUUGACCCGCAAGAAACCGACCAUGAUGUACAACCAAAUCUCGCACUUUUAGGACCUCCGCGGCCCCAGCAUGACGGUGGAUACGGCUUGAGUUGUUCCAUAGGACUGGCGACGCCGCACCAGGCGUGCCAAAGCUUAAGAGCGGGAGAAGACGAGAUAGCCAUCGUCAGCUAUACAAAUUUCAUGAUUAAUCCCGACAUCUUCGUGCUCAUGUCAAGCCUGGGAUUCCUAAGCGUAGACAGCAGAUCGUACGCGUUUCACAACCGCGCUUCGGGAUACGGUCGCGGCGAGGGUAUAGGCACCAUUAUUGUUAAGCUUUUACGGAAGCCCUUAGAGACGGUGACUUAA